AUGUCAUCUGGUAGUUGUGUCCAACCACCGGCCUUGCCUUUCGGUGGUUACUCAAACUCUAUAUUUAUUUCGUGUUUUUCGUUAAUUUCAGAUGCCGAGAUCCAAGAAUGGUACAAGGGCUUCCUGAAGGAUUGUCCGAGCGGGCACCUUUCGGUGGACGAGUUUAAAAAAAUUUACGGCAACUUUUUCCCGUACGGUGACGCGAGUAAGUUUGCGGAACACGUGUUCCGCACAUUCGACGCCAACGGCGACGGUACCAUCGAUUUCCGAGAGUUCCUUUGCGCGCUUUCGGUCACUUCACGCGGCAAGCUCGAGCAGAAGCUCAAAUGGGCAUUUUCCAUGUACGACCUCGACGGCAACGGCUACAUAUCGAGGCAGGAGAUGCUCGAGAUCGUCACGGCAAUCUACAAGAUGGUCGGUUCAGUGAUGAAGAUGCCCGAAGACGAGAGCACGCCCGAGAAAAGAACGGACAAAAUAUUCCGUCAGAUGGACCGUAACAAGGACGGCAAACUUAGUUUAGAGGAGUUCAUCGAGGGGGCGAAAAGCGACCCCUCGAUCGUACGCCUGCUGCAGUGCGAUCCGCAGGCGCAGUAGCCAAAGACAGUGUCGCUCUAGGAGUAAGUUAAAUUAUCCUUGUGUGAUCGCGGUAACCACCGUUG